AGCGAUCGAGGUGGUCUGGCAAUGGAGGAGUCCUCUUGCAACACGGUGCCCCCGGGGUUCAGGUUCCACCCCACGGAGGAGGAGCUCGUCGGCUACUACCUCGCCAGGAAGGUCUCCUCCCACAAGAUCGACCUCGACAUCAUCCAGGAGGUCGACCUCUACCGGAUCGAGCCGUGGGAUCUCCAAGAGAGGUGCGGCAAGUACGGCGGCGGAGGAGGCGGGCAGGAAGAUCCGACGACGGAGUACUACUUCUUCAGCUACAAGGACCGCAAGUACCCCAGCGGCACGCGCACCAACCGCGCCACGGCCGCCGGCUUCUGGAAGGCCACCGGGAGGGACAAGCCGGUGCUGUCCUCGUCCUCGUCGUCUCCGGCGAGCGUCAUCGGCAUGAGGAAGACGCUCGUCUUCUACCGCGGCCGCGCCCCCAACGGCCGCAAGACCGACUGGAUCAUCCACGAGUACCGCCUCCAGUCCAACGAGCACGCGCCCACACAGGAGGAAGGGUGGGUGGUUUGCCGCGCGUUCGUGAAGCCGGUGCCCAACCAGCAGCACAGGCUGUCCUACGGCGGUGGCGGGUACCCGACGAUGAACGGCAGCUACAGCUCCGCCUCCAAUUACUACUACUACGACAACCCUAACGCGCGGCUGAUGGUCGCCGGCGGGGGUCCGCCACAUGAUCAGCAUGUUCUGGCGGCGGAGUCCAAGCAGCAGGUGCAGCUGUUCCCCUCCGACCUGCCGCCGCCGCUCCAGAGCCCGACCUUCGACGGCGAGGGCGAGGGCGACAUCUCGCAGAUCAGCGGUGGGUGUAGCAGUGCUGAUCAGCAGCUGGCCGCUGCUGCUGGGACGAUCGACUGGAACCUGUGGAGCAGCUUGCUGCCGUCCACGGCGCCACAGCUCUUCCACGGCCAGACAAUGACGCCGCCGCCGGCAGCCAAUUCGAGCUCCUCCAAGAACACUUAACGAUAUAUAUAUUUGAUCCGGAGGAUUCAGAGUAUCUUGACUGAUUAAUUGUUGACAAUUUGAUCAUACGACGGAGUAUGUAUGUUUGACGACUACUUGCCAUUUUUACACGUGGCUAAUUAGUUUCCACUUUGAUUCUAGUAGGUCAUAGGAUGAUAUAUACAAAUAUACUUACAAUACAUCAACAUAUAUACGUAAUUUCAGUAAUGGGAUUUGGAACACAGGAUUGAUCAACCCUAGUUAGCUAACUAGUAUUUUGUCAUGUCAAUUUCUCCAUAUGAAGCUCACAUCACUACAUCAUUGUAUACUUGCAUUGGCAUGUAUAAAGAGCGAUUUUAUUGAGU